GACGUGAAUGCGCGUGCGCGCUGAGGGGGCGGGGGGGCGGUUUGUGGUUCUCUCAGCGCUGGAGGAGGGAGGAGAGCGCCUUUGACCAUGUGCAGAGCGCCUUUCUCUCCUCACCGCUGAGUUGGGGAGGAAGGAAGUCCAGGCAAGUCCCGUCCUCCUUAGCCUCUGGUAACCCUAAUGAAUGAGAACAAAACAACCCCCUGAUAAUUUGGGGUCUGUGUCGCCUUCUCGAAGCUCCUCACUGCUUCACGUGGCCCCUUCGGAGGGGAAUAAUAACACUGACCCCCUCUCGGGGUGGCGGUGAUCGUCUGGUUGAUUACAACAGCCCUGUAAGAGCACCUGUUGCUGUCUGUGCUGCCAUGAUGCCUGCAUCAAAAAGACAACUUGACAGUACACCAAUGUAUGACCCUCACCUCCUCCAAGAGCUGGACUGGAGCCAGAACACAGUGACGUUUUCUCCUGCCAUCUCUCCUGCAAAUCCAGGCGACGGCUUAGUUUUGAGACCGCUUUGUGAAGCUGACAUCAACAGAGGUUUUUUUAAAGUCCUGGGUCAGCUGACUGAAACUGGAGUUGUCAGCCCUGAGCAAUUCACCAACACCUUUAAACUCAUGAAGAGCUCUGGGGACUACUAUGUUACUGUUGUGGAAGAUACUAAUCUAGGGCAGAUUGUGGCUACUGCAACUUUAGUCAUAGAACAUAAGUUCACUCACUCAUGUGCAAAGAGGGGAAGAAUAGAAGAUGUGGUUGUAAGUGGGGAAUGCCGAGGAAAACAACUUGGGAAAUUAUUGACAUCAACUCUUACAUUGCUAAGCAAGAGACUGAAUUGCUACAAAAUUACUCUCGAAUGUCUGCCAAAAAAUGUAGCUUUCUAUAAAAAAUUUGGAUAUUCAGUGUCUGAAGAAAACUACAUGUAUCAAAGGUUCUUCAAUUAAAGAACUUCCAGCUGUAAUCUCUUGUAAAUAGAUGAUUAGUGGAGGAGGUUGUGCUGUUUUCAUUCUCUUCGGAGGAGGAUGUUCUGCAAAUGAAUCUAUUGCCUCUAGAGACAACUAAUUUUUAAAUACUGUGGACUUUGGUUAUUUCAGAUUUCUUUGGCGAUAGUGAAACUUGUUAGCUGUUUCCUGUUCAUACGAUAUCCUCUUUGCUAGGCUGGGAUGUGAAUGAAAGAGGGGUGGUGGUUUUGAACCAAAGGGGUAUAUUUUUACCAGGCACUUUUUCUUGCCGUGUAUUUUUCUAAAAUGUUAUGCUGCUGCUUGUUGGUAGCCAGACAAUGGCUAGUAGGGUGGCUCCUGUCACACAGGAACAACAGGGGGGCGGAGGCCUUUGCCAGGCUUAAAUGCAGUAAACCUGCAAAAAACCUCAGCCAGCCUGCCAAAGCCCUGCUGUGAUGGCUUCUCAAGUCAUAUUGGUUCCACUGCUGUCAAAAUGGAUAGAAACGACUCAAUACAUAGACUGAAUAUGCUACGUGAAAUAUUUCUCCAGUCCUUAAAUUUAGAAGCAGGCUCUUGUAGCUCUUGGACUUGUGAAAGGAUUUGCUGGGCUUCUCAUUUGUGGAGAAUGAGCAGCUUUUUUUUUCUUUUCUUUUUUUGGCAAAUUCAGUCUUCUACCAUGUGCUACAGACCCCCUAGCAGGAUUUCAAGGGUGGUGUUAUCCUUUGCUUAUUCAAAGGGUUAGAACCAAUGCAAGACUUGUCUGUCAACAAAUGGCAAUCAGUUUACAACUCUCCUCCUGCCUCCCAUUUAAACUCAAAUCGUUGAAGGUGGUUAUUGUACAGUUGUAGGGCAUUAUAAGCAAAUUAAGGUUAUUUUUGAAAACUUUGAUAGUUUAAUUUAGAUGUCCCAAAAAUGUUAAGGAACCACAGAGGACAAUGGUGUGAGGGGAUGGGUACUCAGUUUUCUACAUCUUGUACUCUUUUGUUUUGAAGAUGUUGAGUUUUAUUUAUUCAGUUUUCAAAAUAUUGUAAAACAAAUUGAGAUUGUACUAUUGUCUGCCAACUAAUCAUCAUUUCUCCUUUGUGCUAUAUGUAUGCUAAUUGAGUACCUGUGGCAAUUGAUGGUUUGAGAAGUGUCACUGGAAAUCAUUCAUUCAGGGUAUUUGAUUAAAUUCUAUAGGAUGGAGAACAUAACCUUGCUUGUCUAUAUCCAAGAUGAACACCACUUGAAUCCAAAGCCUAAAUAAACAUUUUGGUGUCUUUC